AUGCUUAUAGCACUCCUAUUUAUCUCAGCAGCAGCUGAAGAUACAAUGUAUCACUUUGAUCCAGUAAACGGAGAAGAAUAUGAUUGAUCUGAAUUACAGAGAAAACCUAAGUAAGCAAUAUUAAGCGACCGCUACAAGAUAAAGACUACUCCUCUGUGGCCUAGGCCGAAACCCCCAGUUUCACGGUAGAGGAAUACCCAUGGGUGCUUGGAUCAAAAGGACAUUGUUGAGUACCUCCAUUUCCAAUCACAGGAAAGCAGCCAAAACCUACCUAGAUGCACAUCUCCUGAGCCUGCACUGUUCUCAGCUCGAAGUCUGUCCCAGUUCGCCGUAGCCAUAAGGUCUGGACUGCUGCUCCAAGAGGGCAGAUUAGCACAUAUCGCCAUUUUAAUGUAUAUGCAAUAUUAAGCGACCCCUAUAAAAUUGAUGCAGGAGACUCCUAUUUUAUCUUUAAUGUAGGCUCAAACUUGGAAGAAACCUGCAAAGGCCAAAAAGCGUCUGCCAUCAAAAAAUCUAAGUUUUCUGAUGACUGUGAGGUUAUAGGAAGAAAUGACCAAAUUUUUUACAGAUUAUUGGACCAUUAUGCAAAAGGAAUUUCUAUUGAAUAUUGAACUGACGAAACCUGCAUCUCUUCUUGAAAUGACUUUGAAACUAGAAAAAUGACAACGAUUACUCUAAUUUGCAACCCUAAGGAGUAUGACUUUGAAUUGGUUAGCCGCACUGAUGCUUGUGAAAUUAAAUUUUCUAAAAAAACGUAUAUAGGCUGCCCACAAAAAUUUUCGUCUUAUGUGUGACUAAGAAUCCUUUGGAGCGUUCUAGGAGCGAUUUUUGUUGUUGCUGCAUUAUUUGCAUGUGUUAUCUGUAUUUUUGAGGAUGAAGAGUGGGAUGAAGACGAAAAUCGGCUCGUUUGGCUUUUGAGAGAUUCGGGCUGUAUACAAUAUGAGAAACCAAUAUGUAAUUAAAAGAAAAGAGCUAGUGUUUCACAUCAAUAAGAUAUCAUCAUGUACUAUAAGUAACUCAUAAUAAGGAGCAAAAAAACCCAUUAAAUUUGACGGUAAAUUUUUUUUUUUUAUGUCUUAAUGAAAAAAGCUUGUUGGUUAUAUAAACUAUGAUACUGUUAAGUCUAUUAAAUAAGCAACUUAUAUGUACUAGAAAUAAGAUCUGACAGUUUCAUAUAAUAGCAAACUGACGUUGUACCUUGUUUGCAAUUCCAUUCUGAAUAUAUUAAAAAAUCAAUAAACGCUUCUCUUAAUAAAAAAAUAAAUCAUUAUGUCAUUAAAUUGGGUUUAAGUCAUCUCAGUAAAAAACGAAUUUCAUCUCUUUUUCUCAAGAGACAACGGUUUAUUAGGUGCUGCAAAAACCUGCUUAAAAAGAUCGUUAUAUUUGCGCAAAAAUUAAUAUAAUUUCUGCACCGAUUUGCGUUGCAACACACAUUAAUAUAGUGAAACGAUGCUUUAUUUUGAUCCUUAUUUAUAUUAGAUUUUAUGUCUUAUAUAAGAGAAUUCAAUAUGAUCUAAUAUUUCGAAACUAUCUUAUCUUAUCUAGAAUCAAGCGGUCAUCCCGCCGACGAUCCUUAUGGAUCGAUUUUUAUUCAUGUCGUUAUUUUCCUCUGAGUCAUCACUGGUGCAUCCUUGAAUGUGAUAUGCACUGCAGCUCUUAUGAGCUUUUAUUCUUUUCUUCCAAUUCUUCCAGUUCUUCCAAUUCUUCCAGUUCUUCCGAUUCCUCCAAUUCUCCAAAUUCUUCCAAUUCUUCCAAUUCUUCCGAUUCUGCCGAUUCUUCCACCCCUUUCCAUUCUUUCACUUUGCUCCAACUUUUGCAUCAAGUUUGGUCUUUGGUUUUUGGGUUGAUUUUUGGGUUACCUUUCCCUCUAGUUCCACUGCCAGCUCUAGGUAGAAUUUUGGGUUGGCUUUUGAUUUAGGUUUUGAGUUGGUUUUUGGGUUAGGUUUUGAUUUUCUUGAUUUUUUGGUUGGCUUUUGGGUUAUUUUUUGUUUGGCUUUUGGGUUGAUUUUUGGGUUGGUUUUUGGGCUAGUUUUUGGAUUGGUUUUUGGGUUGGUUUUUGGUUUAGUUCUUCCAUUAGUGCCUCUUCCGUUGCUUCCUUUGCUACCCCUGAUCUUGCUACCCCAAUUUCGAUUUCAAUUGAUCGGGCUGAAUGAGCGGCCAAUAUUGGCUCCCAAUUAUCCAGCACUUCUCCCUUUUGCUUAGCUGCUCAGAACCUAAUUUCCUCAAUUAGCAGUUCUUCUGCGUCUCCUUCAUCCGCUUCUUCCUCAUCUUCAUCACUUCAAUACUCUUCAUUUAACUCAUCUUCCAGCUCUUCUUCAAGCAUUCUAAUUUCUUCAUCAUAGUAGUCUAUCUCAUCCAUAAUUUCAUCAAUUUCUGAAUCAAUUUCAUCUUCAGAAGUGUCAUAAUCUCACAAUCCUUCACUCAAGACUCCAUUUCUUCCAACAAAAUAAAAAGUAUUUCGAAACUAUCAGCUCAUGAAAAUGUGAAAUCGUUUGCUCAGUGAAAAAAACAUUAAACAGAGCUCCUUAAAAUAGAAAUUUAUUUUUUUAAGAAAAAUAAUUUAAAAUUUUGUUAUUAAAUACUUUUAGAGCAAGCUUUGUUUAUUUAUUGCGCUUUUUUUUUACAAAUAGUAACAAUAUUUAAGGUAAAUCAUACUUAUCUCAGUUCUAAGUGUGCCUCUUUCAGUGUCUAUUAAAGAUAUUAAAAUUAUUAAAAAAUAUAUAAAACCGUUUUUCAAGACAUAUUCUUUCAAAAUAUAUCAAAACGAUGACCAAAAUUUGCAUAUUUUUUGGGUUAAUUUCCUUAAAAAAGGUUUUUAUAAGUUUUUUAAUAAUUUUAAUAUCUUUAAUAGACACUGAAAGAGGUACACUUAGAACUGAGAUAAGUAAGGUUUUACCUUAAAUAUUGUUACUAUUUAUACAAAAAAAGCGCAAUAAAUAAGCAAAGCUUGCUCUAAAAGUAUUUAAUAACAAAAUUUUAAUUUAUUUUUCUUAAAAAAAUAAAUUUCUAUUUUAAGGAGCUCUGUUUAAUGUUUUUUCACUGAGCAAACGAUUUCACAUUUUCAUGAGCUGAUAGUUUCGAAAUAUUAGAUCAUAUUGAAUUCUCUUAUAUAAGACAUAAAAUCUAAUAUAAAUAAGGAUCAAAAUAAAGCAUCGUUUCACUAUAUUAAUGUGUGUUGCAACGCAAAUCGGUGCAGAAAUUAUAUUAAUUUUUGCGCAUAUAUAACGGUCUUUUUAAGCAGGUUUUUGCAGCACCUAAUAAACCGUUAUCUCUUGAGAAAAAGAGAUGGAUUUCGUUUUUUAUUUAACUGGAUGAACUUUGACUUAUAAACAUAACAAUUCCGUUUUUUAUUGAAGCAAGCGUUUAUCGAAUUUUUUUUUUUUCAUUAGACUCUCGCAAAUUAUCUAGACCGUUAGGUUGCAUUGAUGAAUUGCUGGUAUCGUCUAUUUUGCUUAGUUACUAGGUCUUUUUUAUUAAGGAUUCAACUGUUUCCAUUUUUGUGAAGAUUUAGAAUCUUCUAUUUUUGUGAUAUAAAAUAAUUGUUUACAGUCAAAUUUAAUGGUUUUUUUGCUCCUUAUUAUGAGUUACCUGAAGGACAUGAUGCUUUCUUAUUUAUAAGAGAUACUAACUCUUUUCUUUUAAUUAAAUAUUGGUUCUUCAUUUUAUGGACAUCCCGUAUCUCUCAAAAGCCAAACGAGCCACGAAAAUCAACCAAAAGUAGAGACUGGGCCUGUUUGGAGAGAAAUGAAAACCAUAGUAAGAAAAGGGAAAAACUGGGGAAAAUCAGUAAUAGCUAUAUAGACAUAUUCCAAUAUGAGAUAUAGGUGUUUUCCCUAUAUAGCCCGAUAAGGGCCGUGGAUUCUCUGUGGAAUCCCUCUGCUGGUUAAACCAACCAGUGAAUUGGUCAAGCCAACGCACUGAGUUGGUUUGACCAACAGAGGGAUUCCACGGGGAAACCACGGCCCUUAUCGGGCCAUAUAGGGAAAAUCCCUAUACUCAAGGACUGAUUAUGAAAAAGUUUAG